UAGUAACUAUAGUAUACGGUAAACUCCAUUUUUAAUGAGUCAUGAGGCUAACGAGGUAAAAGAUUGAUCAGAUUUUUUUUUCAAAUUUUUUAAGUUUUUCCAAAUUUGCACACGAACGUAAAUGUCAUAAAUCGACUAAUCGAGGGUGGAAAAACAUCAGUUGUUCGAUUAAUCGACGAACACUAAAUUCUACCCAGCGUGGCGCAUGGCACAGAGCGGGGGAACUUUCCUAUUAUUUUACGGUUAGGUUUUAUGUUUACGUUAAAAAAAUCCUCGCAUAUGCUGAUAAACGCUUCCAGAAGUGGUGCAGAAGAUUAGAGCAUUCGAGGAAAACAUUGAUGAAUGUUCACUUCCACUUGAUGAGUGGCGGAGACUCAGGGAUUUUUUCAACAAAUUGGUAUUUUUUAUACAAAUAUUAAACUUAUCAGUACAAAUAGAGGAUUGAGACUGACAAAGAGUUUAAGGAUGUCCGACUCCGAGGAUAGUAAUUUUUCGGGAAGUGAGAGGGGUGGAAGGAGUGGAAGUGAGGAACGCUCGGUGAAAUCAGGGGGAAGUAGAUCGGUGUCGAGGAGUCGCUCGAGAUCGAGGAGUCGUUCAAGAAGUCGCUCGAGGAGUCGCUCGGGCUCGGGUUCAGAGAGGGGUAGGGAUGACGAGGCUGAGGAAGCUCGAUCUGACGAGGAGGUAGAACCCGAAGAGGAGCCAGAGGGUGAGGACCUGGACAGCGAGGAGGAGGAGGAGGAGGACGAGCGACCCAAGAAGAAGAAGAAGAAGGACAGAUUCUGCGGAUUCAUUGAUGAUGAGGCUGAGGUUGACGACGAUGUGGAGGAUGAUGAUGAGUGGGAGGAGGGGGCCCAGGAGAUGGGAAUCGUUGGGAAUGAGGUGGACGAGGUGGGACCAACUGCCAGGGAUAUUGAGGGCCGCAGACGUGGGACAAAUCUCUGGGAUUCACACAGGGAGGAUGAGAUCGAGGAGUACUUGAAGAAGAAGUAUGCGGGCGAGUGUGGAGCUGCUAGACAUUUUGGUGAUGGAGGUGAGGAUAUGGGGGAUGAGAUAACACAGCAGACACUAUUACCAGGGGUUAAGGAUCCGAAUUUGUGGAUGGUUAAGUGUAGAAUUGGCGAGGAGAAGGCGACGGUACUUCUCCUUAUGCGUAAAUUCUUGACUUACCAAUUUGCAAAUGAACCACUUCAGAUUAAGUCUGUGGUUGCACCUGAGGGGGUCAAGGGUUACAUAUACAUUGAGGCGUACAAGCAGCCACACGUCAAAGCUGCUAUUGACAACGUUGGUAAUCUGAGGAUGGGAGUUUGGAAGCAGCAGAUGGUGCCCAUCAAGGAGAUGACUGAUGUGCUGAGAGUCGUUAAGGAACAAACUGGUUUGCGGGUUAAACAGUGGGUCAGACUAAAGAGAGGAUUGUACAAGGAUGAUAUUGCUCAGGUAGAUAGUGUUGACGACUUGAAGCACAAUCAGGUUACCCUCAAGCUUCUACCGAGAAUUGAUUAUACGAAACCGCGAGGUGCCUUAAGAACAGCUCAGUCUGAGAGUGAGGCGGUGAAACGCAAGAAGGGACGACGACCACCUGCUAAACUCUUUGAUCCUGGAGCGAUUCGAGCUAUUGGUGGGGAUAUCACUAGUGAUGGAGACUUCCUCAUGUUCGAGGGUAAUCCGUACAGUCCCAAAGGUUUUUUGUACAAGAAGUUUUUGAUUAACGCCAUUAUUACUGAGGGAGUCAAGCCAAGUUUAACAGAACUGGAGAAGUUCGAGGAGGCACCCGAGGGGGUUGAUCUCGAUCUUGACUCAACUGAGGGAUCCAAGAAAAAGGAUACGGCUCCUACUCAUUCGUUCAGCACUGGAGACAAUGUGGAGGUGUGCGAGGGCGAGUUGAUGAAUCUUCAGGGUAAAAUCGUGUCGAUCGAUGGCAACAUGAUUAUGGUACUGCCGAAGCACGAGGAGCUCAAUGAUCCCCUGGAAUUCCAGGCGAACGAGCUGAGGAAGUACUUCAAGAUGGGUGAUCACGUAAAAAUCGUCGCUGGAAGGUACGAGGGUGAUACUGGGCUCGUCGUCAGAGUUGAGCAGAAUCGUGUGGUUCUAUUCUCAGAUCUAUCGAUGCACGAACUCGAAGUACUACCCAGGGAUCUCCAGCUGUGCUCAGACGUGGCCACUGGUGUCGACAGGCUUGGACAAUUUCAAUGGGGAGAUCUGGUGGAUGUUGAUAAGCAAACUGUUGGUAUGAUAGUGCGUCUUGAGCGUGAGAACUUUCAUGUACUUCAAAAUGACGGCAAAGUUGUGCAGAAGAGGCCCCAGGAGUUAUCAAAAAGACGUGAGAAUCGCAAUACAUUUGCCCUGGAUCAUCAGCAGAAUGAAAUACGUAAAAGGGAUAUCGUUAAAAUCAUAGAUGGACCACACACAGGUAGAGAUGGUGAGAUUAAACAUCUCUACCGUAGUUUUGCAUUUGUGUAUUCACGUCUGUACGUAGACAACGGUGGAAUCUACGUGUGCAAAACAAGAUAUCUUCAGUUAGCUGGUGGAGCUAAGAACAACUCGUCGUCGGUGGGUGGUUUGGGUGGUAUGUCUCCACGUAUUAGUUCACCAAUGCAUCCGAGUGGUGGUGGUGGUGGAGGAGGAAGAGGCGGUGGUGGUGGACGAGGACGUGGUCGAGGUGGUGGAGGUCCUGGUAUGCGCCGUGAACGAGAUCUCAUAGGUACAACGAUUAAGAUCACUGGAGGGCCCUACAAGGGUAACGUGGGUAUCGUCAAGGACGCCACUGACAGCACCGUUAGAGUGGAGCUCCACUCGACUUGUCAGACAAUCUCGGUCGACAGAUCGCAUAUUGCUAAAGUCGGAGUGCCAACCAAGGACGGCAGCUUCAGCUCUUACACGAGAACCCCAGCUUACUCCAGCGGUGGACAGACACCAAUGUACGGCUCCAAGACUCCGAUGCACGGCUCACAGACACCAAUGUACGAGAAUGGCUCGAGAACACCUCAUUAUGGCUCUAUGACACCGUCUCACGACGGCUCAAGGACACCAGGACAGUCUGGUGCGUGGGAUCCAACACUUACCAACACCCCCGCAAGGAGCAAUGAUUUCGACAGUUACAGCAUGGAAGAUGGUGGUUCUCCAGGCUAUGGUUAUCCAUCUACAGGUGAACCAUUCACCCCGCAAACCCCUGGGACAAUGUAUGGAUCAGAGCAAAGUUACAGCCCUUAUCAGCCAAGUCCAAGCCCCGUUGCCAGUGCCACAGCAAGUCCCAGUCCAGCCGGAUACGUUGCACCAUCUCCAUCUGGAACUGGUUACACUACGAGUCCACGUGUCUUUCCAUCUCCUUCGCCCAUUAAUUACAGUCCCAUGACCCCUGGCACCGCUGGAAGCCCUUACAAUCCACAGACACCUGGAGCUGGAUUGGAUACUGGAAUUGGUGGAGGACUCAUGGGGAAUAAUGAAUGGCACACUGUGGAUAUUGAAGUGAGAAUCAGAGAUUCACAUCAAGAUCCAGCCCUCGCUGGACAACAGGGUGUCAUCCGUGGUAUAUCUGGUGGUAUGUGCGCUGUAUUCCUGCCAGCUGAAGAUCGCGUGGUGAAUCUGGUUUGCGAGCAACUGGAGCCAGUGGUACCCGUUCAUGGUGAUCGAGUGAAGAUCGUACUCGGUGAGGAUCGCGAGGCUGUUGGCACUCUUCUGUCGAUUGACACACAGGAGGGUGUUGUCAAGCUCACCAAUGGAAAAGUCACCAUGUGCCAGCUGCGAUAUCUCUGCAAAAUGAAGACUCCGGCCUAAAGUUUACGUUUCUAUAAAUCAGUUCAUUCCCAUUUCUUUCAAUUUUUACAGUAACUCAAGUUUACAUUUACUGAAAUUGCCUCUUUAGUUAAGGUAAAAAAUACCUGUAUGGUUUAUGAUGUUUCAUACUUUUGGAAAUUCUUAACUGAAUAAACAGUUAUGUCAAUAAA